GUUCAUUCCAGUGGAUCAACCAAUCAGAGACAAAACAAGUCCCUGUGCUGCAGACUCAAAGGGUGGGGCUUGUAACCUAGCAACAUCUCAAACACUGCUGAUAGGAUGGCAAUGCAGAAGAGCUCGAUCUAUAGAACAAGCAACAACUGGGCGAUCACAUCAGCCGCUUUUCAAGACCACAUAAUAAGAAGCCUGUUGAGUGAAGACUUCUCCGUUUCUGAUCCUUUAUCAAGACACAGCAGAAAGUCAAGAAAACCUCCAUCAAGAGAGAAGCUGGAAGAUCUAAAGAGAGGAGACGCGCAACAGGAAACUAAACAUGUUUUUAAACCUACUCCACCUAAUUUAACUUUAGCUCAGAAACUGGGUUUGGUGGCCUCCCCGAAAGAAAGACUGACAAAAGGAGAUUGGAUGGAGGUCAAGAAGAGGUCUUUAUUACGGGAGGAAUCCGCUCAGCCAUGUACGAUAUGCAGGGAGGAGUUUCGCCUUCAACCGCAGGUGUUGCUGUGUUGCUCCCAUGUUUUCCACAGAACAUGUCUGCAGGCCUUUGAGAGGUUCUCUGGAAGGAAGCGUUGCCCCGUGUGCAGAAGGGAGCAGUACGAAACACGGGUGAUCCACGACGCUGCUCGUCUUUUCAGGCAUCAGUGUGCCAUCAGGAUUCAAGCUUACUGGCGUGGUUAUUCUGCCCGUAAAAGCUACAGAGAAAUCAUGAGAACCAAAUGUCCAAAAGACAAAAAGCUGAGACGCAGGUUCUUUGAGGACAGGUUGCAGGAGCUGAAUGACAGCUUUGUCCGACACUGUCACACCGACACGAAGGAUUUUCUGAGAGAUAUCGACCGCUCACUGUCAUCAAGCAGACGAGUGUUUCAGCAGCUGGAGAAAAAGCGACCCUCCAAACCGCAGGAGAACAACUGGGACCAAAUAAAGACACAGGUUUUCCAGAGAGGAGUGCGGGACUGCCCUAUCUGUCUGACUGCACUGUGGGACACCAGCUUCCCAAGAGCUUCUGGUAUUUCCGCCCAUCUACACCCGCGGCCCACGCUUCUCCUGUCCUGUUCCCACCUUUUCCACCAGUUUUGUUUGGAGGCUUUUGAAGCCUUCAUAGCAGACAGAAGACCAACAUGUCCCCUGUGCAGAUCUCCAUACCACAAAAAGCUCAUUUAGGAUUUCCUUUGUAGACAAAGAUUUACAUUUUUUUAAAAUAACUACCUUACCAUUCUUUUCCAAGUGAAUUAACCUGCUUAAUAUCCUGCAGACUAGGGAUGUAAAGGAUACAGAUGGGUAUCAAAAAAAAUCAAUAAAAAUAGUAAGAGUAGUAGCAGUAUCAGUUUGUCUUCCUAUUGUGUCUGUCUUUAACUUUUUAUGUACAUGUGAUGUAAACACUAAGAUGUCCAAUCAAAAGCUCGCUUCUACCAAGUCAGGCCAAUUGAUUUUAUAUAACAUCCUUUUUGACACCUCAAACAAUACCUGAAUAAAUUAAUAACACUUUUUAACGACAAGGAACAAAACAGUCUCUAAGACCCCAAAUGGCAGGUUUUUAAUGUUUGAAUCUGUUAUGUAAAAUACAUUUUUGUUUUAUUGCUUAAAAUAAAAAGAGUAUCUAUGUCAAAAGGGAUUUUCAUUUACAGUUUUUAUUGCCAAAAUGCCUCAAAGUUAGUUGAAUCUUUUAUGCAUCGAUCGGUGGACCAUGUAUUGAGAUGCGUAUUGAAUCGUGAGGGGGAAAAAUACACACCCCUACUGCAGACACUUAAAGGAAUAAAAGUCAAUAAAUUUGUAAUUUGCUUCAGUUUUUCUUUGUGAUAAAAUUUGAGGUUGAUUUCUAACGUCAUUUAGGCGAUCACUGAAUUUUUGUCUUCCUCAUAUUUAAAAGAUAAACAAAUGGAUACCACUUGGUUUUAAAAGCUAGAGUGAAGUUUAGAAGCUUAGAAAUGUGCAACUCUCUCAUUUAACCGUUACAAAAGAGAUUGCUGUCACCCAUCCCAUAAUGCCACACUAAUAAAUGCCUACUUUUUAUUUGCAAACACACAAACAUCAAAAACAUUUCAGAAACAAUUAAAAAAAUACCUUCAUUAUACAUGUAUGAAAAAAUGACAUGCAGUUUUACAGACAGAAGACAGAAAUAAAAGCUUCAGGUGGAGCUUGGAGUUCACUGGACCCCACCACCCGCUCACAAAUACACAUCAACGCUCCACAGAACACCAAAAAGGAUUUCUUUUAAAUGAUCCAUUUUUUUUUCCAGAUUACAAAGAAUUUCUUUGUCUUUAAGCACAAUUAUUGUGGAAUAUUUUGAGUUUAGGGCAGUUUAACUCAUCCAGAAGACAUGGAAGCCCUUCGACUUUAGUUACCAGAUUACAGCUCUAACUCCUUGAAGAAUCACUCCCCCUGAUUUUUUUUAUUAUUAUUUAAAUAUUUAUUUAGGUGCUAAUGAAUCGGGUGAAGGCAUAACACAAAAUACCAUAAGGUGCACUCACUUAUGACAUCUUAAAAAAAAUUUGAAAUGGUAUGAGACAAACCUUAAUAAGGACUUUUUUUUUUUUUUUAAAGACUCCAGUUUUUUUGACAGAAAAUGCAGACAGAUUUAAUGUAAAACAUUUAAAAGUGUAUGCAAGUUUGGUUUUUCUUCCUUUUUCAGCCCUAGAAACGCAUCUCUUCAGUCACGGUUAAAACACACACGACAAACUGGCUAAUAACUGAGAAAAACAGAAC